UCUUUCCUUUCUUUUAUAUAUAAACUAUUGAAGAUGAAGUUGGUUCGAUUCCUUAUGAAAUUAAACAAUGAGACAGUCUCUGUCGAGAUGAAGAACGGCACAGUGGUCCAUGGCACUAUUACAGGUGUCGACAUGAGUAUGAAUACACAUUUGAAGACUGUCAAGAUGACUGUCAAGAACAAAGAUCCUGUCAGUUUGGAUACGUUGAGUAUUCGUGGCAACACUAUUCGUUGUGUUAUUUUACCAGAUAGUUUACCAUUAGACACACUCUUAAUUGAUGAUUCUCCCAAGUCUAAAAAGAAACGCGAAGAUGAUGGUCGUGGACGUGGAAGAGGCAUGAGUAGAGGUCGUGGUAUUCGAGGCGGUAGAGGACGACGUUAACCAACUCUCUAAUAAAACAUAUUUCUUUUUCUUUCUUUCUUUUCUUUUUAUCA